AUGGCUCCAACAAAGGACGACUGCGACUGCCCAAAUCCAAUCCUGUGGGAAUUCCCGGCGCCAGGCAACCAGGAUCUGAUGCCUAGCAAGCACCCUCAAAGCUCCAGUUUCGAGAUCGAGCAGUACCUUGAGGCUUCCGCUCACGUCCCACCUACUUCGGGCUUUGGUACCGUCCCCGUGUACAUCAACGACCUUGUCAAGCUUACCUGGCCUUCGGACUUCAAUGUUCCGGCUGCCAGUCACCGGAACCUGUACUGCAAGCCCUGUGAACAGGACAAUAACUACAACACAAAUCAGAAAGAGUUUGAUUGGGAGUCUUGCUACGAGAAACCGGGGCAUGGUGGAAUAUGGGCCACAAGCUUCGACGUGAUGGGAUCAGGCAUGGCCAAAGUUCCAAUCAAAUUCAGCUUUACGCCUGAGGCGGAUACCAUGGUCUGCGCCUUGGGUUUUCCUGGCAUGCUGGAAGGAGGCCUCUCACAGGCCUUCCCCGUCAUCAACAAGCAGCCGCCAUCAGAGAGAGGACGGCAUCUGUUCACAGAAGAUGACCCUGAAGGUGUGCCGUGGAAGGAUGAUGCGACAGCGCCAUUGCGAAUGCACCACAUUGUUGGCAUCGUCUUAGCGGUUGCGCUUUGCAUGGCGUUUUUCGCCUCAGUGUUCUGGCAGAAGCGGAAGCAGAGGAAGGCGUCGCAGGCUCUGAUGGCUCAAGCUGAGAGCAGUCGCCUUAUGGACGGUAGCAAGACGAGCUAUGCCGAUGAUGUAAUGGCGUCCCCUAUGCUUGAGAGCCGCAUCGAACCGCACAAGAAGGCGCACUUCAGCCUGCAUAUCAGCGACCGCAUAACAGGCAGCGACGACGCGCCAGGAGAGUUUAGCAGCGUCAAAUACAACCACAAGCCCCCACAAACAUCCGAUUCGCGCUCGACAACGCUUACUUCGCCCUCGUCGACCGGCCUGUACAACCUUCGCAUCGACGAUACGAAUAGCUCGGGUGACAAGGAUAUCUUCACAUUCACAGGGCAGAAGUCACAACCCAAGAAGUCAUACGUCCUCGUCUUCGAUCCCGCCAGCCAGCAGGCCACGCUCGAGCCUCUGUCCAGCAGCUACACCUUCAACCUCGCGACCAAGAACGGCAAGGACGUCUCGUCACAGCACGCCAAGAUAUAUCCCAAGAAACUCAAGGAUGAUGGCGAGAGCAAAGAUGGCGAAGAGGAUCUCUUCGGCGAGGCAGCGGCCGAUGACGAGGGAGGAGACCCUGAUGCAAACAACCCCUACGACUUCCGACACUUCUUGAGCAAGGAAAAGGAGAAACGGGGCGAUGAGUCCGAAUACAAGUACGCGUCUUCGCCAGACUACCGCACAGGCACAGGCAGCGCCGUCAAUACACCUCAGUUCGGGGCCCGCGCCUCUGCGACUGCUGCUCCAGCGCGGAAGGCUGCCGCUAUACCAGCGCCCAAGAAGCGCAAGACAGCGGCCACGAACCCCAUGGUCAAGCCCAAGAAGACGCAAGCCACACCAGCCGUCCGCCUCCAGCGCACCGCAACCGACACAACACCAAAGCCCAAAGCCAAGCCCGCAGCACCGCCAGCGUCGAGAAUCAAAUCCUCCGAAGUCAUACACUCGUCUGACGAAUCCGACGGCGAAGCAGCUUCCUCGCCAGCACAUCCAUCGCCUCCUCACCAACAACAUCAGCAACACCACGAUUCCGACGACGACGACGACGCAGAGGGCGAGUCAGACGAUGACGGUGGCCUCGAGAUUGAAGUGCCCGAUGCACGCCCACCACGACACAACAAGGGCGCAAUGGCAUCUCUGGGCUCAAACCUAAAUGCUGGUUACCUCCGCUCCCCCUCCAACGGCCCGAUAUCCCUCGCCAGCGCCGCCAACAGCGAUGGUGAAGGCUCGCCGAACCCCCGCCGCAAUCGCAACGCUCAAGACGAGAUUGACUUUGGUGAUCUGGGCGGCGACGAUGCAGAAGGUGAGGAUGACGACGAGGACGAUUACAACAGGGACAUCGAACCUAUGGACAUCGGUCCACCUGCGCGACAGGAGACGGCAGGUCAUGACCGCAAGUCUAGCAUGGUUGGUGAAGCGGCAGCAGCCGACGACGAUGAGGACGAUCUUGAGGAGCUUAUGAGAAGAGGUUUGAUGGGCGGGGACAGCAGUGAAGAGAGUGAGGAGGAGUGA